AUGCAGAAGAUGAUCUUCGGGGAGCAGCACAUCACAUGGUUGAUGUUUCGUGAUGCUUUCGAGAGACAGUAUUUCCCUGCUACCUUUUGUCUUGCUCACUGCCAGGAGUUUCUGAAUCUCAAGCAGGGCGAUCAUUCAGUAAUGGAGUACAAUGCAGAGUUCAGUAGACUGGCUGAAUUUUGUCCUCAUCUAGUGGCACAGGACUAUGAUCGGAUGCAUCAGUUUACUCAAGGCCUUGCUGCAUACAUUCGGAUCCGGAUGUCAGGAUUUCCAGGUAGUUCCUAUCGGGAGGUGUUGGAUCGAUCAUUGUUCAUUGAGAUGACUCAGCAGCAGGUAACUCAGGAGAAAGGUCAUGAUAAGCAAGCAUCACAAAAGAGAGGGAAUAAGGGUCAAAGCUCACAGACUACCACUGGAGGAUCCUCUCGGCCACAGAAGGUAGGGUGGACAUCAGAUGGAACAUCUCAUCCUUCUCCGCGUGACUGGAAGAAAGAUAAAACUGGAUUCAGAUGUUACCAGUGUGGCUCCAAAAGUCAUACCAAACUCCAGUGCCCUUUGGAUUACCCCAUUUGCUACUAUUGCAAACUACCAGGGCAUGAGAGUCGGGAUUGUACUUUGAAGGCACAAUUGGAGGCUACUAAGGUUACAUCUCAGGGGGGGGCAACCCUCACAGACAUGACUAAAGAGAGGAUCAUAAAAGACUCAGAGUGCUCCACAUCAGCAAUGACCGUCGCUUUCUCAGGGGCAGAUAUAUCAUAUCUAGGGUCAGGAACCAGCAACUACGUAGUAUUCUGCUAUGGCAUCGUCUCAUCAAGCAUAUCCGCGCAGACCAACCCAGCCAUGCCACAGCCGAGCUUAGAGGUGGGUUGCAUUUAUGCUGUCACACGAGAGGAGGCACAACGAGCUGAAGGAUCAGUUUUCCGAGGUAAAAUCGAUAGACUACCUACUCAACAGACCCAUGGGUUGACAGUAUCUCUACCAUUUGGCAAGGUAUUAGAAAUGGUGGAAUUUGACAUUAUAUUGGGCAUGGAUUGGCUGGCCAUGAACCAUGUUACAGUCGACUGCGGAGCGAGAAUGGGUUACCUCAGCUCUCGGACGUUCUUAUUGUUCGAGAAUUUCCAGAUGUAUUCCGACAAACUCCCUGGCUUGCCUCCUAAAAGGCAAGUCGAGUUUACGAUCGAGAUGGGAUCGGGAACCGCACCGAUAUCCAAGACCUCCUAUCUCAUGGCACCAAAAGAAUUAGAGGAGCUGAAGAUUCAGUUGCAGGAGCUGUUGAACAGAGGAUUUAUUCGACCCAGUGUCUCUCCAUGGGGAGCUCCACUGAAUGCGAUGACAAUUAAGAACAAAUAUCCAUUACCAUGUAUAGAGGAUUUAUUUGAUCAGCUGAAGGAUACCUGUGUAUAUUUUAAGAUUGAUUUAUGCUCAGGCUAUCACCAACUCAGGAUUAGAGAUACAGAUAUUCCGAAGACAGUGUUUCACACUCAUUAUGGUCACUAUGAGUUCUUGGUAAUGCCAUUUGGGCUUACCAAUGCUCCGGAAGUGUUUAUGGAUCUUAUGAACAGAGUGUUCCUUGAGUAUCUGGAUUAG